UUUCCCCCACCACUAUCAUUUUCGCUCAUCUCUACAGAUCUUGUCCACCACUAGUGAAUAUCAGAACAACAAAGAAUGGAAUUGGCUUCGGAUCGGCAGAUAGUGAAUAUAACAACAAUUCAGGUUGCAGCCACUGCUGCAGUGUGUAGUGUCAUUUAAGUAAUUGUUGAUGUGCUGUGCGGACUCCUUCUUGCUGAUCAUUUUAUCAGGCAAGACGGGGCGGGGCAAUACAAACAAUGCAAGUUAAGGUGUGUGUUUGUGCGAUCGAGUGCCGAGAGGGGUAGUUGCAAGUGAUUCAUUCAGAAAAUCAUAAAUAAAUAAGAAAAGCGAGCUGCCGCAAAGCAAGUGUUUGCCAAAGUGUGUCAAUCGAAAGAAUUGAGUCAACAACAACAACAACAAUGAUCGGUUCCAAAUCAGUGCAAUAUGUGUGAGAAAUCUUAAUUCAGACUUGACGAUCAUUCUCCCCCCUCUCCUCGCGCUAACUCGUUUUAACAUUUUGUUUUCUUUUUUUUCGAGUUUUUUUUUUUGUUUUGUUUGGUGAACAAAAAGUAUAAGAAAAAGCACGCAUAAUUGCAUACGAAAUUUAUAUUGGCUGGCGGCGAAGAAAAAGCGAAAGUUCCUGCCAUGGAGCAGGCUCGUCCCGUUCCCGCUCCUCGUCGCCUCUACCCGGAACUGAGGCCCGCCAACUACGAAAACAUUGAGAUCCGGCCCCCCAGCACCAACAACAUCACCACAACCAACAACAACAACAACAGUAACAACAAUAACCUCAAGAAACUGAACAUCAAUGCCGAGAAUCUGCACGGGAACUGCUCGGAGAAGAAGCUGCCAGCUGGCGGACACAACAAGCUGAUCCUCCAGGAGAGCAAUGCCGUGGUGGACCUGCAGCAGCCGAUCUACGGGCCAGAUGCCAACGAGAAUGUCCUGGAACCGGAGUAUGCAGUGCCCCGGCCAGCACCGCGCCAACGACAGCCACCAGAACCGGAACCGGAAGCCGAGGAGGAGGUAGUGCCGCUGCGGGCGAUGCGAGCGGCGCCACAAGUACCACCAAAGCCGCUGAACGUGCCAGCUGUGGAUCAGCGGUUCUCCGUUUGCAGCGAAAUGUCCACCACCAGCGCCGCCACCCAGGGCAAGGGGGGCGAGGAUCGGGAGGACUCGCGGUAUGCCUCGAACGCCUCACUGGACUGCAGCGAGAGCUCGCAGAGCGGCAAGUUCAAGUCGCAGUCACCCGGGUACGUAGACGGCGUAGAUUCGCCAUCGACCUCGCCAUCGCCAUUGCCGGAUGAUCCACAGACUCCGGAGGAUGGGGAACCGGAGGAUCGUCCAGAUCAUCCAACCGCCAGCCAGCCAGAGUCGUCGUCCGAAAAGUCCGCCAGCCACGAUGGCCAAGAUUCCCAAGAAGAUGAGGAGGAUGACAAGAACCUGCUGCGAACCCUGGGCACCACCUCCAAGCUACUGGGCGAGGCCAUCGGCGAGAGGAUCACGUUCAAGGCCAAGGGAGCCAAGAAGCGGCUGGACAAGAACUUCAAGAGCUCCACGGAGGCGAUCAGCAAUCUCAGCGCCGACGCCAGCCGGAGUCUGAAGCACGCCGGCAAGCGGUUCGGCUCCAACUUCAGUCUGGGCAGGACCAAGGACAAGGCUGGAUCACCCGAGGGCGGAGCAGCCGGAGGUGAAGACGAGCUGGACCGGCGGCAGACGAUUGCCAACACGGAGGUAUUCAGUACGAUCCAGUUCUCCAGUCCCCUGAACCGGAACGGAGCUUUGCCCGAUCUGCGGGAGCAGGCGAAGGACAAGGACCAGGAUCCAGGUCAGGAAGAGUGCUAUGAAGUGCCCAAGUCGCAGCAGGGCAAGCCGCCCAGCUACGAUGAGGCGCUGAGGGCGCGUCCCUCGCCCAGUGCCUCGCCAAUGGCCAGGAAUCUCGCCCAGGAAGCGGCUCAACGAGUCCAGCUACGCGGCCACCAUCCGAGGCAACAGCAGCCAGCCCAGAACACCAGCUCCUCCUCGUCGGGAAAUGGAGACGAGUCCCCCAGAUUGCCAAUGCCAGCUUUUCCGCCACCCCGCCUCUCCCAGCAGUCGGAGCAGUUCCGCCUGGAAGCGGCAUCCCUGCAGCCGCCAGUGAGGCAGAAGCGACGGAAAAAUUACGAACACAUAGAGCUGCGACGUCCUCCAGUGGACUCUGCCGAGCUGGAGCAACUGAAUCGAGCCGCCGAGCUGGCGGAGCGUGAGGAGUCCCUGCUGUUAUCCGCCAAAAAUUUAGAGGCCGAGGCCAACGCCCCCAAACCGGAUAGGAGUGAUUCCUGGCAGUUCUACGGCGAAGAGGAGGACCAGGACUCGGACGAAUCCUCGCCAGAACCGGUGUACGCCAAUCAGGAGGCCACCUACGGCAAGCUCUUUGAAAUGGCCACCGCCGGCAGCAGUCGCAGCAAUCUCCUGACCCCCAACCCGGUCACCGACCAGCUCGCCUGCAUCAGCGAGGACUCGGAACUGGGCAGCGAGUCCUUGGAGGGGGCUGUUGGCGGGGCACCGUUGCCCCAGGACCUCAUACUGGAGUUCGACCCCCUGCAUAGCAAAUGCUCCACUCUGUCGCGCUCCAACAAAAGCAAUGAGCUUUUGCUGCUGGAGCAUCUGCUGGAGGAGGAUACCUACGGAACCAUCAAACGGGAACAGGACGACGUUAGCAUGUGCACCUCCGAGGAGGAGGCCACCGCCUGCAAGAGCCCUCCGAGCCAAAAACAACCACAGAUCGUCCACCAGAACGCCCAUCUGUUGAGCGAUAGUAUGGAGAACAUGCUGGACUCCGAUCAGGAGAGGAUGCGGGACGAGGAGAGGGUCAAACCAUACCUGAGCAAGGUCCCGGAAUCCACCAGCAAGGGAAACGUAGUCGUUGACCUGGCCAGCUCCUCCAGAAACCGCACCAAUUGGUUUGUGGCUGAGAACUCCGCCACCGGCAGCUCCACCAGUUCCAGCACCGCCGCUGCCACUGGAAAGUCCUCGAGCAACAUUGAGGGCGAUAGUCCACCCACUUAUCUAGAAGCCAUUGGCGGCAGCUCUAAGGAGUCCAGCAAAGAUUCAGAGAGCCGAAAUACGAUCGGCUCGCGGUUCAGGCAAACCAUAAAUGCCUUUUCGAAUGUCAAGCUUAAGAUGGACGCAAUGAAACGGAAGGCCAGUUUCCGGAAUCAGCGACAAUCCGAUCUAAAGGUAGCCCUCCAGAUGGUACCACGACCCAGCUUGUCGCCGCUCCUGGUGCGCUACGAGGGUCCAUUGGUGCGCUUUCCCACCGGCGUGGUGGAGGACAUUCUUAAGGAGAUGCAAAACCGCAAGGCCAUACUGCGGGAGCGGCAAUUCCAAACCUUCCUGGACCAGGAGAUGAAAACGCCCAGGGAGGUGAUACCUCUAGAAUCUAUCACUACUUUGCAGUGUGUCAGCAAUAGCCGGGUCACCGAUACAGCCACCCAUUUCUAUUGUUUCGAAAUCACGACAUCGCAGCCCAAAAAUGGCAAUGGAGCCGGCGAUGUAAUGUCCUCGAAUCCGAAUCUUCUGAUGACCAGCAACUCGACGGGCAACGUCAAGCAGCAAAGAGUCUCCCAUCUAUAUGGUGUAGGCAAGGAGUCUGAACGGGGCGUUUGGAUGCAGAAGAUUCUGGAAAGUCUCACCAAUAGCCUGCCGGUGAAGUAUACCUGCCAUUAUUAUCGCGCCGGAUGGUGUUACCUCAAGAACUCGAUCACCUCUGAAUGGAGCGGCACCUGGUUGGUACUUCGCAAGAGCCAGCGUCGUCUGAUCUUCGUCAGUGAGUCCAAUGGAAACGUCGAAAAAAUGGAUCUACGCAAAGCCCGAUGUAUAGUCCUCAAGGAAAGCGACGAAUCCAUCGACAACCUACACGUGGAAAGCGGACCUAUGCUAAUGAUCGAUUGCCCGCCGUACUCUGUGUACAUGAUUAUGAGCUCGGCCCGAGAGACCAAGAUCUGGCGACACAUUAUCCGCGAGGUAGCCCACAACAAUGGCUUUUCUCUGGGAGAUCAACAGCUUACCCGCUACGAUGUGCCCGUGAUCGUGGAUAAAUGUAUAAAUUUUGUUUACAUACAUGGCUCCAUGUCGGAGGGUAUAUACCGCAAAUCCGGUUCGGAGAACUCCAUGCAUAAGCUGAUGAGCGCCUUCCGCGCGGAUGCGUUCAAUGUGGAGAUAACCAGGAACGAGUACAACGAGCACGAUGUGGCCAAUGUGCUAAAGCGGUUUAUGCGCGAUCUGCCAGAGCGGUUGCUGGGCAAGCUAACUGAUAGUUUUGUCUUUGUCACAGAACUGGCCGUGGCUGCAGAAAAGAUUCCCAUUUACCGUGAGCUGCUGGCCAGACUUUCGGCCAUCGAAAGGGAAACGCUGCGUCGAAUUGUCAACCAUUUGGUGUUCAUCAGCUCGCAACAGUCCAAGAACAAGAUGAGUGUUCAGAACCUGACCAUGAUCUGGGGUCCCACAUUGUUGGCCAAAAAGAGCGACGAACUGAUUUAUUCGCAAAAGGAGGCGGAUGUCCUCAGCGACCUCAUACUGCUCUACAAAAAUCUAUUUCCCUGCAGUGCGGAAGAAAUGAAACGCGAGCAGGCCAUGCUGGCAUGCCUGCAAAAGUAUUACGCCGCCGCCGAGACACUCAAGGAUGCAGUGAAGCAGUCGGGUGACAUUAAAAUCUGGAUCAGCCUGAAUCCCAACCCGGAUAAUACCACAGAAGAAAAAACCCAGGUGAAUGCCACCAUUUCGCCCACCAAAACCGCCUACGAGCUGUGCCGUGAAUAUUCCGCGAAAAUGAAAUUGCCGACCCACCAGCUUACCCUGUACGAGGUGAUUCUCAACGACAGCCUGGAACGCCCCCUGCAUCACGACACCAAAGUGUUCGACGUGAUCCUGAAUUGGUCCUAUUGGCCAGAGGAAGAUCGCAAGCACAACUACCUGAUGGUGCGUCCGGUGGAGAUGCUGCGGGAGAUCCAACGUGCCGUCAAGAAUAUGUCCACCGUGACACCUGGCAAGGAGCUGCGAUUCGCCGACUCCAGAACUAAGACUUUCAAGAACCUGCAAUGCGAGCUGAGAGAUGGCAAGAUUGUGGUUUCGAAAAAGGAUAAGAACGACAAAACCACCAUUGUGAGGGAGAUCUUCCUGCAAAGCAGCACGGCGUACUUGGGAUGCGAGCGGAAAAGGGACUUUCCGUGGAGCUGGGCCAUCACCUUUGUGGAGCGCACGCAAGCGCAGAUUAUGAGAUCUCGCGAUGCACCCUUCAUCGGACAUGUCCUGGCUGGCAGCGAGUGGGUGGAUCGGACCAUCUGGUACUCGAGUAUCUGGUACUGCCUCUACGGGGACAACAUCCUGCCACCAGCCGAGAUCAUCAUCAAAUAGGAACGCAAUUCUUAAGCUUUCGUGUAGAUAUCCCAGAAUUUAUAUGCAAUAAUUAGUUGUAACACCUACGUUUCUAUGCAAUAUGCCAAUUAUGUUAAGCUUGUUUUUUUUCCCGCAUGUUCUGUAUAUAUAUGACAUUUAUUCAUUUGACAAUCCAAAUUGUAAAUACUUAAGUCUACUCUUAUGCCAUUUGUCUUCAAUCUAGCUAGUUAGCUGAUUUCUAUUUAGACACGGCCGCAGUGCAUCAAAUUAGCGAUAAGUUAACCUUUUCGGAAUACCUUUAAUGUAAUUCUUAAACGCGAUUAUUGGGUUUGCAUUUAUGUACGUGCAUAUGUAUAUUUUAUAGUUUAAGCCAUUUUAUAUAAUUCUUAUACACUCCAGAGUUGAGAAUAUGUAUGUAAUGGUGAUAAAUAAAAUGUAUUCAAAGUGUA